UUGUUAGAAAUGCAAGAGAAGCAAUGACUUUCUUACACUAUAGUUUUCAUCUCAUACUUCUCUUCUGCAUUUGCAGUACUGCAGUGUCUGUUGAUCCUCUGGGCAAUUUUUGUGAUGAUGCAACCAAAUCCAAUAGUGCUAAAACAUCAGCAAAUAUUGGAAAGCUGCUGGCUGAAUUAGUAUCAGUUUCUGCUAAAUAUAGCUUCAGUACUACCUCCUAUGGUAAUGCUAAGAACCAACUAUACGGCCUGUACCAAUGCAGAGGAGAUAUUAGCAGCAACGACUGCUUAAGUUGCAUCAAAGAUGCAGCAAAGGAGAUCCGGAAACGCUGUCCGGACCAAACUGAUGCUAGAAUUUGGUAUGAUUUUUGCUUUUUGAGGUACCAAACUAAGAAUUUCGUGGGAAAAGUAGAAACAUCUCCUGGUAUAUUCUACUGGAAUGUCGACUUUGUAUCUGAUACUGACUUCUUUAAUAAAAAGCUAGAACAACUCAAAAAUCAAAUAACUGCAGAGGCCAUUGUGCCAAAGAACAAAGGGCUCGGAAAAGGCAAGAGUAAACUAUCGCCUUUUCUUACAUUAUAUGCCUUGAUGCAGUGCACAAGGGACAUACCAGAGAUAGACUGUGCUCAAUGCCUAGCCGUAGCAGUCGGCAAUUUCCCCACAAUUUGCUUAAACAAGAAAGGAUGUCGAAUCCUGUAUAGCAGUUGCUAUGUUCGUUAUGAACUCUACCCAUUUUUCUUUCCCUUAGAUCCGAAAGAGAAAUUAGCCAACGUAUCAAUGGACAACUACACAUUCAAAAUGAUCAAACCUUAAUUGGUAAUUAAUGUGCAGUACCUUAUGUAUUAAGAACUUGAAAUGUUUCCAAUAAUUACAAAUGUAUGAGCAAACUCAGCGCAGACAGAUCGACAAACGUUUUGUCUGCUCAGAGAAAAGCUGUACUUGUAUGUACUUCAUGUAUGUCACAAUUGGUUAUAUUGAAGUUGCAAGCUUUUGAAUGUA